AGUGAACAUAGCAGCGCACGUACAUCGAUCUAAAACAUUUUGUUUUUCGUUCCCAUUCCAAUAUUCGAUGAAUUGUAUAGUUGUGUAAAUACAUUCUUUCUAAUUUUAUAACGAGACAUCAAAGAAGAUGGAACUUAAUUCGCUUUUAAUUCUGCUGGAGGCUGCAGAGUAUUUGGAGAGAAGAGACAGAGAGGCAGAACACGGUUAUGCGUCUGUUUUACCGUACAGCAACGACUUUUCCCGAAAGAAAACGAAACCCACGCCGAUUUCCAGAAAAACUCCGAACAAUAGAUCAUCACACAAUGAACUGGAGAAACACAGACGUGCCAAACUACGGCUCUACUUGGAGCAGUUGAAGAAGUUGGUGCCUUUGGGUCCAGACAGCACACGACACACCACCCUGAGCUUGCUGAAAAGGGCCAAAAUGCACAUUAAGAAGCUGGAGGAGCAGGACAGGAAGGCUUUAAACAUGAAGGAGCAGCUUCAGCGAGAGCACCGCUACCUCAAACGUCGCCUGGAGCAGCUCUCCGUGUCGGGGUCCGUGGAGCGCAUCCGCACCGACAGCAUGGGCUCCACCAUUUCCACCGACUCAGAGCAAG